AUGAAAUGUAAUACUAUUUUAAGAUUAAAAAUUUUUGCAACACAAGCAACGUCUAAAGAACCAGUAGGUCCAGCUUUAGGACAAGUAGGAAUUCCUAUAAUGGAUUUCUGUAAUAAAUUUAAUAAUUUAACAGUGCGUUUUUUUAAUGAUGUUCUAUUAAAUGUGUUAGUUUAUUCGUAUGGGAACCAGAAUUACGAUUUUGUAAUUAAGUUCCCAGAUUUAUUUUAUUCUUUAAAACGUUGUUUUAUUAAAUAUAAUCCUAUGAAAAAACCAGGAUAUGUUGAAUUUCCAAUUAUUUCUUUGCAAUAUGUAAGUAUAUUUAUGUUAUAUGAAUUGAUUGAAUAUUAUUGUAUUUAUAGUUUUAUUAAUAAAAUCGAUGUUUCCAUUUAUAAAAAAAUAUUUAAUUCAUUAAAAAGCUGUGGUUUUUUAAUUCUUUAG